AUGGACCCCGAGCGCUGCGCGUCCUUCGCCCUGGGGCCGACCGCCGGCCCCUACGCGGCCGCGGGCGACGAGCCUGCGGGACCCCGGGGAACUCCCGACUCGGCGCCUCACCUGCACCCCGCGCCACCCCGCGGCCCGCGGCUCGCCCGCUUCCCGGCCUGCGGGCCCCUGGAACCCUACCUCCCGGAGCCCGCCAAGCCGCCCGCCAAGUACCUGCACGACCUCGGGCCCGGCCCGGCGCUCAACGGCGGCCGCUUCUACGAGGGCCCCGCGGAAGCAGAGGAGAAGGCCUCCAAAGUUGCCAGCUUCCCCCAGCUGCCUGUGGACUGUCGAGGGGGGCCCAGAGACGGGCCCUCUAACGUGCAAGGCUCCCCCAGCCCCUGCCUUGCCAAUCUGCGUGUCCCCCUUUCUCCGGGACUCUCGGACUCCAUGGAGUUGGCCAAGAAUAAGAGCAAGAAGCGCCGUAACCGCACGACCUUCAGCACGUUCCAGCUGGAGGAGCUGGAGAAAGUCUUCCAGAAAACCCACUACCCGGAUGUGUACGCUCGGGAGCAGCUGGCCCUGCGCACAGACCUGACUGAGGCCCGGGUACAGGUCUGGUUCCAAAAUCGCAGAGCCAAGUGGCGGAAGCGUGAGCGUUAUGGAAAGAUGCAGGAGGGACGGAACCCCUUCACUGCGGCCUAUGACAUCUCAGUGCUGCCCCGCACUGACAGCCACCCCCAGCUGCAGAACUCCCUGUGGCCCAGUCCAGGGUCUGGGAGCCCAGGGGGCCCCUGCCUCGUGUCUCCAGAGGGCAUCGCCUCUCCAUGUAUGUCUCCAUACUCCCACUCCCAUGGGAAUGUGGCUGGCUUCAUGGGGGUACCAGCCUCCCCCGCAGCCCACCCUAGCAUCUAUUCCAUCCAUGGCUUUCCUCCUGCCUUGGGGGGCCACAGCUUUGAGCCCACCCCAGACGGUGACUACAAGUCUCCCAGCCUCGUCUCUCUCAGGGUGAAGCCCAAAGAGCCUCCCAGCCUGCUGAACUGGACCACGUGAUGGGCGGCACAGACAUGGACUGAGCUGUCCACCCCCGUCUCUCCGCUCACACCUGCUCCUGGCCCACGCCCGUCCUGCACACCAGACAGCACACCCUCCUGUCUCCGUGCCCUGGGUGGUUCCAGGACCCAGGAGAGCAGCUAGGGCACUCAGUCUCCAGCAGGAAAAUGCUACGGGGUCUUUCUCUUAGAACAGGCGGGGCUUUGAAAGGGCUGCGAAAUAGGCAGGACUCUUUCUGACACCACCUGGGUCCCCUAAGGCUGGGCUGCACAGGGGGCGACACUGUGCCCUGCUUCCUCGAGACAUUGUCCAAGGCCAGGCAUCAUCUCUCUGACUGAAGUAGUUUAACUGGCUCCUCAUUCUGGAAAUUCAGGAAAAUGGGAGAAGGAUGCAGAUUGAACUGGAAGAACUCUUUGUGACGCUAACUUGGGGAGCCAGUCUUCCAUGGCCAUGUAGCAUUGGCCUCAUCUCCACUUUCUUACCACCAGGGUCAGGUGCCCAGCAUCUGAGCUGACCAGCCUAGAAGGUGAAGGUUAGCGUCAUACAAGGGUGGCGUUGGCAGUUUCUUCCCUGCUCCAAGCUCCCUUAUCCUGCCUGUGUCUAGCCUCCUACCAUGCUGUGCAGUCAGCUUCUCUGGAGCAGGGGGAAGGAGUGGAAAUUACACCCGAAACCACCAUGGAUUUGAAUUUCCUUCCAUGGGAUCAGGCCAGGGCCCUAAUAGCAU